AUGGAUGACGACUUUGACGUUUUCGACCUCUUCGGCGAUGGCGACACCAGCAUGGAGUUCGACCUCGACCCAGAUGCACCGCCGCCGCCUCCGCCGCCUCCGCAGCAGCCGCCGGCGGAAAAGGCAGCCAAGAAGAAGAAGAAGAAAAAGAAGCGGGACAAGAAGAAGGACCGAGGAUCGGGCGAGUCGGACUUCUCGGACUUUGACGCCACGGACCUCUUUGCUCCUCUUCCGCCCGCCGCCAAUGCCCAGAGUACCAAUGCGCCAAGCGCCGAGAAGGCAGACAAGGCAAAGGCUCUGCCAAGCGCGGCGAAAGCGGCCUCAGCAGGCAGCUCUCCCGCCCCGGCCAAGCAGGCAUCGCAGGCCGAGCAAAAUGCCGCCCAUAAGGCGGCGGCGUCCCCGUCGGCAGCGAAGCAGAGCAUCGGCCCCGACGGGCGGCCAAUGGCUACGACGCUGGCGGCGCCCACUGCUGCGGCAGCGGCCGGUACACCAAAGAAGGCCAAGCCGGCGAAGAACGUAUCGAUCGCAAGCCCAGAAACAGGCACCGGCAACGGGGGCGAGGAGGCACCGGCACCGGAACCGGAGCUCGAGUCAAAGAUUCCGCCCGAGGUGAGGCGGGCCUUCGCGGCAGUCGACAAGGACGGCAACGGCUCCGUCGAUGUGGCGGAGCUGCGGCGGUGCCUCGAGCGCAUCGGGAAGGAGCUCCGGCUGGCGGUCACCGAGGAGGCUGCGGCGCGUGCGCUGGAGGCGUUCGACGAGGACAACAGCCAGACGCUCGACUUGGAGGAGUUUUGCGCUUUCGUGGCGGAGCUGAGGCGCGCCUCCGCGGCGCGAGAGUGGCGCGUCCUUGCCAAGACCAAGCCCAAGCCCAAGCCCUCCUGGUACCAGCACCCGCGGAUACCUCUCGUCGUCCAGCGUGCCUUCCAGGCCGUCGAUGUGGAGUGCUCGGGCGUCCUCCGGGCGCGCGACCUGCGGCGCACCUUCAUGCUGGUGGACCGACAGCUCGGCUUUACGGUUACGCGCCGCGCGACGGACAAGGUGCUUUCCCAGUACGAGGGCGACGGCGAUCACGCUGUGACGGCGGAGGAGGACGCGGCGGCGCUCGAGCUGCAGGCCAAGGCUCUCUCCCUCCGGCUCAAGCAUCAGGACCCCGGCGUCCGCCUCGUGGUCCUUGACGUCCUCGCCGCUUGCCCCCCGGCCGCCCUCGCGCCGGUGGCGCCUCAGCUUUCAGAGCUGCUCGCCGACGGCGUCUGGUACGUGCGUGAGGCGGCCGUCCUCUGCCUCGCCGCACUCGACCCGCACGUCCUCCGCAGCCAUGCCAUCGAGCUCAUCGAUGCGCUCGAAGACGAGAGCGACGCGGCGGCCCGGCAGUGGGCCGCGCAGGGCGAGCCGCUGAUGAAUGCCGCUCUCGAGGAGAUUUCGAGCCUCUCGCGCUCCGUGGGCGAGGUGGCAGUGCUCGUGUCGGAGACCCGCAGCAUGCACGCUGAGAUGAUGAGCCUCCGGCCGACGCCGAGCUCGGAGAGCGGCUGUGGCGGCGGACAGCUGCCGACGCCCGAAUCGUGGAGGCUUGCGCCGGCGCUCGUUCGGCACCUUCGGCGGCAGGCGGCGGCGAAGCUGCCGUGCCCCACCCGGCCGGAAAAAGCGGGGCUGCCGCGGCCGCAUGCCCAGCGAGCGCACAAGAUGCUGACUUCGGCGCCGGUACUCUCGUGA